CCAUUCCUAAAGAAAUUUCCUUUCCCCCACAAACCAUUAAUUUUUCAAAGCCCUUUGCCUUCUUUCUCACCUGCUUUCCCUCUCUUUCUCUCCAAGCUCUAGCUAGCCGCCUCAAGAAUAACCCAAAGACCCUUUCUUCUUAUUCCUAAUUCCUUCUGAUUCUCAUUAAGCUUCUUGUUUGUUCUGCUUCCUUUUGUUUCAUUCUGAUUCCUUGUCUUCCUCUCAGAUUUUGUUCUGAUUCCGAGCUCAAAACACCGCCUUUUGGUCAAGAAAAGAGUGCUUCUUAUUUGUUCCGGGUCUGCCUUUUGUUUUAGAGAAAUGGGGUUUUCCAAGAAGUCACAAGUGGUGGACGGAGGGCUGGAAUCGGAGGGGAAGAAGUGGGUCAUUGCCGGAAUCUCUGUCAGAGCUUCACUGAAGCCGGUAAAGACGAAGCUGAGGAGAGCCCAAAAGAGCCUGGAGGGGAGUGAAGAAGAAGAGGCGGGUUCCACAACUCCGACAGCAAAAGAAGCCAGAAUACCGGAGAAGUUCUCGUGCCCGCCGGCGCCGAGAAAGCGUCGACCGGCGUCGGUGUGCAACUUUAGUGGGGUGAGGGAGUAUUUCAUCCCACCGGAUUUGGAGACGGUUUUCAAACUACAUGUGGAGAAAGCUUAAAGCUUGAAGUUUAGGCCACCCAAGGAAACAAAAAACAAGAAAGUUAGAGCUGAGAUUAGGAGGUUUUGUUGUGUUUUUUUAUCUAUCUAGUUUAUCUUUGUAUGUUGAACUCUGAGUGUUCUCUUCUCUGUUAUGAGUAGCAGCACAGAGAAAUAGAGGAGUUUUAUGUUUUUGUACAAAUAGAUAUGAAUAUUUUAUGUUAUGGGUAUUCUAGUUUAGUGAAAGACUCGAGAGU